AUUGUUUUGAUUUGACUUUCUAAAUGUUUAUUUAUUAAAUUAUAUAAUGCUUAUUCGUUGUAGAGAUGGAUCUGGAGAUGGUUUUUCGUUUGCUUUUCGCUUCACAGAUGCUACUGUAUCUGUUCCAAAACAUGGAGGUGACUUAAUCAGACAAGGGUGGAGUAUGAAGGCCUCAAGUGUGGUUAAAGAAGGUUAUGGCACUGCAGCAGCUUUGCCAGAACAGGGGCUAUAUUUAGCAGCAUCUUUAUACCGACCUGUUCUUGAGUUCACUUAUAAAGUUACUUCAAUGCUACCUCAGAAGUUUUCCCACCUUGGGAAGGAUGGGCUGCUGACAUUUGUGGAGAACUUUGUGAAGGAUCACUUCUUACCAGCACUGUUUGUAGAUUACAGGAAAGCUGUACAGCGGGCUAUAGCAAGCCCUGCUGCAUUUCGUCCUCGAACACAUGCAUCAUCUUACAUAUCUUCAGUUGAGAAAGGACGACCUGUGCUACAAGGACUUUUGGGAAUCACGUUUUUGGCUGAAGAGGUACUUGGUUGGGCUCAAGCAUUGCCUAAAUUUGCUGUUGGUCUUGUGAGCUAUGUGCAAAGUUUUCUUGAGAGGGCAUAUGAAAGAUGCCGAACUUCAUACAUGGAGGCAGUUCUUGAAAAGCAAAGUUAUAUGCUUAUUGGAAGAUAUGACAUCGAAAAUCUGAUGCGACUUGAUCCAGCUAGUACAUACUUACCAACUUCAGUUCAUUAUCCAAACUCAGAAAAUAAUGCUUCUGAUGCUAAAGAGGUUGAAAAGGGAAUAAGCAAUCUACUACUGAAUUUGAGGCCGAUCAAGAAGGAGAACCUGAUACGCGAUGAUAGCAAACUUGUUCUUUUGGCAUCCUUGAGCGAUUCAUUGGAAUUUGUUGCAGACUUUGUAGAAAGGCUUGCAAUGACACAUGGCCAGGCAUCUAAUCAAGCCGAGGAGAGUGGAAAACAAAAAAUUCACCAACACCGUAGAACAGCCAGUUCUAUUCCCAAGGAUCUGGCUUCACUUGCUGAGGAGUACAGAAAAUUGGCAGUUGAUUGCCUUAAGGUUUUGCGUAUAGAGAUGCAGUUGGAAACCAUUUUCCACAUGCAGGAAAUGACGAUUAAGGAAUACCAGGAUGACCAAGACUCAGAGGAGCCUGAUGAUUAUGUAAUCUCAUUGACAUCAUUGAUAGCACGGCGGGAUGAAGAACUGCAACCUUUCAUUGCUGGAGCAAAGCGGAACUAUAUUUUUGGUUCCAUAAGUGGUGUUGCUGCAAAUGCCUUCAUCAAGGCUUUGACGGAUAUAAAAUCUAUCAACCUAUUUGGGGUUCAACAGAUAUGUUGCAACUCGAUUGCACUAGAGCAGGCUCUUACUGCCAUUCCCUCGAUUGACAGUGAAGCUGUGAAGCUCAGUUUAGAUCGUGUCCGAACAUAUUAUGAUCUCCUAAACAUGCCAUUCGAGGCCCUGCUUGUGUUUGUUAGUGAGCACGAGCACCUAUUUACGAGUGCAGAGUAUUCUACACUUAUAAAGGUGCGGGUCCCAGGAAGGGAAAUCCCCGCUGACGCAGAGGAACGUCUAGUAGAGGUACUGCCCCGCUAGGCAAGCAUUUUUAUGCUUCCCUUUUCAGUUGUGCAGAUUCAAAAUUUAGGGUUUGAUAAGUAGACAUUCAGACCAGUUAGUGAUGCCCAGUUGCAUGGAAGUGAUUGACUUCCAAAUUUCUCCAUUUAUUUCUCAAAUCUAAAGUGAUUUCACAGUAUAUUCUUGGGGGGUUGGGACUUAAGGUGAUCAAUUUGGCUCAAAUGUUAUGUCUACCUUGUCAAUUUUGUCUUAUGCUAUCCUUUCUUUUAGUAUUUUUCAAGACUUCAUGUAAUUUCAUCCACUCUGCUCCUUGCAUUUCUGACUAUGGCACUCCCUUAGUCUCACUCACAUGGACUCGUAAAGCAACCAGGCUCAAGAAAACCUUAGGCAAAUGGAAGAAACUAGCCCAGAUUCAACUUACGACUUGUGGACCAUGAUA